CACCAGCUGAUAGAAAAUUAAGUCAGGAAAAGUCGAUAUCUGUUGACGAGAAAAGGUUCUGAUUAUGAAGUAUUAUUAAAUACUUACGGUUAUCGUUAUAAUAAUACUGUGAAGUGAAGUGAGAUAAUUUUCUCAAACAUUGUAAUAAUGACUUCUCAUAAUUUAGCCGUAAAGCUUUGCGGUGUCUUACAAUCACAAAGCGAUGAAGAAGUAACAGCUCGCGAGUGGCGUCUAGUGGGCCAAGAACAAGAUGGGUCACAAAUUUUGACAUGGAUAUCGACACGCGAAAGCAAAGACGUAUUAAAUAUAGGCGUGUAUACGAAUAAGACAAAAAGUUUGAAGACCCUUUAUACCUUUGAGGAGAAACUAAACAUAAUACAGGCUUCUGUAAAUUCGUCGCAUAGUUUGGUUGUUUAUGUGGUCAAAGACAUUCCUACAGUUGCGAAUGAAGAGCCCAUUUAUCGACCAUAUCUGGUUGCAAUCCUUCCUGACAAGGUGACUGGACCUGAAGAGGUAGAAGAACAAUCCACGAAACAAAUAAUGGUGCAAUAUGUGUAUGGAAAGAGCAAUAAGUACAGUCCUGGCAUAAGAAAUGACAGAUUCAUAUUGUUCAAGCAUUUAGAAUGUAUUAAAAUAUACAGGACACCAAUGUUUCUAAAUGAAUGUGAUGAUGGCACAGACAAGUGGGGUUUCGAUGGUAUUUAUCCGGAGCCAGAGACAAUUGUUCAUGUUUUUUCUUGGGCCCAAUGGGAUUGUGUCAAUCAAGUUCUAUUCUACAUCCACUAUCGAGCGCCAACUCAAAGCUUUGCUGAGGACGAAGAAGAGAAAUCUCCAACUGAACUGACGCCAACACUAUCAGCAUUACAGUUUCACGCUGAUUUGCCUCAUGAGACUGUGCUUAACAUUCCCCUGUCUCUGCCGCACAUGCCGGGAGCGCAUGGCGCGGCGUCUGCCUGCGGGUCGUAUGAAGAUGACCCUGUACCUUUACGGGUACAUGACUGUAGCCUCGACCUAUAUAUCAUUUGCGAUCAGCGAGGGAUGCUGUGCGUUUGUCAUCAUUAUCUUUACAAGCCACUAGACGACUCGACUAGUUCUCUUGUGCUGGAUGACGUGGAUCUGAAAGACUCGGGUGUGAACUUCGCAUACUCUGUGACGCUAUUACACCACGGUUGCGUGGUGCACAAUGUGGUGCCUGAUCUGCCCUGGUCUUUGGCCAAGUCUUUACGACCUUCGUAUACAUUGUAUGCUGAGAACCACUUGCUCGUACACAUACCAAUGCUGUUCACGCACCUAAUCGACAUAAGCCCACACCACGAACCAUGCUGCCACAUAGUCAUGCCCUCAGAGAGUACAGAGAGUGGGCCCAGUCUUGCCCCACUUGUGGGCUGGGGGCCACACACUAUGGUGGACUUGAACACUUUAGAUAUUGUUACUAUGAACGUAGCGGAGAAGGACUUGGCUGCUACGUUCAAGAGCGAUACGGUGGUGGAGAAUAGAUUGGGUGUCCUGCAUUAUUUAGUGCAGCAUGAGGGCAACACGGAUCUGGCGGAAGAUCUAAUAUCCUGGCUCUGCGUGAACCAAAAUGACGGUCUAGGCGGUCUACAAAAAGUAAUGCAGGAGUAUUUAGUAGGCACUACAUACGCAGUGACGCGCCGCUCGCUGCCCGCCGCCGCCGCUACUCUUAUGAACUGGCUGCCGUUCACUUUGCACUUGAAGUUUGGUGAUGUUAAGGCGGGCGCGGUGUGCGUGUCGGUGUCGCAGGCGGCGCUGUGGCGCAGCGCGGUGGCGGCCGUGGUGCUGUCGCCGCGCCAGCGCGUGAGCCAGUUCGCGGAGGACGCGUGGACGCGCCUGUGGGCCGCGCUGUGCGCGCUGGCCGCGCCGCGCGCGCGCCUGCAGCCCGCCGCCGUGCUGGAGCGCCUGCGUGUGAGCCUGCACUGCUACCAGCCGGAAGCGCUGUCCCGCAGCAGCACGCCGCUGUCCCCCACUGCGGCCCCGCUGGCCCCGCGCCGCGCGUCGUUCGCGGCGCAGGACGCCUUCCCCUUCGUCGAGCUGGACGUGUGCACGGCCAGCAAGCAGGAGCAUGUUAUAGCUGCUAAUUUACGCGCCGUAAGCGUGCACCUGAUGCGCGAAAGCAACAACGGCAGCGCUGGAGCGCUUGAAAGCGGAAUCCACGCGCUCGCAACCCGCUGGGCCGCUGCACAACUGGACGCGUCUAGAGCGCUCUGCCGUGCAGCGCUGAAAGCGGCAGCUGCGAUACCGCUUCCGCACCAACCGCGCGGUUUUGCAUACGUAGAUGAGCUAGAACCGAGUCACGCGUUGAUUCUCUUCAAGCUGCUAGAACAGUACUACGUGUCUACGGACUCGCUCGCGUUCCCACUGCCGCAGGGCUUCAGUUCGUUCUUCACGUAUCUCGGAUAUAAGACGCUACGGUUCCAUGCGUUCGCGCAGUACGUACAUCGGAACGUGUUUGAGUUGCAGAUUGACGUGCUGAAGGCUAUUAUUGCCAGUAAAGACGACGACAGCACAUGCACAGUGAACAACAAGCUGCGUCUGAUACAACUAGUGGGGGAGGGGCGUGGUCGUAGGGCACUAGCGUCUUGGCCGAACAAAGCUGCACUUGUGCUGCGUGCGAGAGACCAUGCGGCUGCGCUAUUGAGUGGAGUCACUGCGCCUGCGCGGGACCAUCACCCGCAUCGACCUAUUAAGGAUACUGGUAUAGCAGCUCUUCCAUCAGGUGAACGUCUAUCUCCAUUAGAUACAUUCCUGGAUCUCCUCACAGCCAAAGCGAGCCUCAACGAAUUGGACUUUAAUCUGAUCAUAGAGGCCACUUUAGCGUCUGUGCAGCAAGACGUAACUGUUUAGAUUGCAGUCAGUAUUGUUGUUUUAUCUGUACUAUUUUACAUUCAGAUAAAUAAUCUGUAUUUUAACUAUUUACGAUUUUUUUCAUUUGAAUCCAUUAUUGUUACAUAAGAAGUAUUGUUUAUUGUUAAUUUUAUUUUGCUGUACAAAAGUUAUUUUAGUAGUUUACUCUGUUAUCUAUGAUUUUAAUGUCAAAAAAUUAUUUAUUUUAAUUUUAAAAUGUUGUAACUAUGUUACGGUAAGGUAAAAAGUAAAUGUAGUAAUUUUUGAAAAUAUUUUAACUUAUUGCAAUCUUAGUACUAAGUGAUUUUUAGCCCUUACUUAAUAUAAUUUUUAAAGUUCAAAGUUUUAGAAUUAGGCUAUUGAUCUCUUUUAAACUAUUUAUAGGAAGUUAAGGAAUUUUUUUCACAAUAAAAUGGUUUAAUUAAAAAAAAAUGUUUUAUAUAUUUCAUAAAACAAAUAUAAUAUCAUUUAUUGGCACAACAAUGCACUUUAAAAAUUUCUCGUGAGGUAAUAGUAUUCCCACUUAAUCUGCAAAUCAAGGUGACAGAAUCAAAAUUAAAAAGUAUUAUUACAGAUCUUAUAAGUAUUAUAGCAUGCAAUAUGUUAACAUAUUGCAUUUAUGAGAAAUGUGGCGGCCAUACAAACAUACAAAGGUUAACACAAUUAAAAAAAAAGUGCAGUAUUUUUCAUGCUGGUAUUAUUUUUAAGCGUUAAUUUGACUACUAUUAAUUUAUAUAAAUUUAUAACUAAUAUAAAAAAUUCGAUCACGAGGCGGGACUCGAACCCGCAUCCUUUCGCGCCAUUCCGGGGCAAAUGCUUGACCAACUCGGCCACUCGUGACCCAGUACUAUUAAUUUCAUAAAGACUAAAGCCAAAAGGUUAAUGUUGUUUUUUUUUGUUUCAACAAAGUGCAAUGCGCAAGUUUUUUUACUGCGUGAUUAGUUUUAGGAUAAAUGCAUUUUUACCUUAACAUUAGUGAAUACAAAAUUAAGGUCAAUGUUAACCAUAAUUUGUCUUAAUAGUUUGUGUCAGCACAAAUAAUUUAUUAUAUACUGAUGUUUAAAUUAUAAUUAUUGUAGAUUUAAUUUUUAACAUUCCAUUGUGAUUGCAAUAUUUAUUGAUAAAAUAAAAAAAUG